AUGUCACAAAAGCUCAAGGUCGCUAUCGCGCAGUGUCGCACUCGCGAUACGCUCGCUGAGACGCUCAGCGCUCUCGAACAGGUUACUGUCAAGGCAGCAAACCGCGGAGCCAACAUCCUGCUGUUCCCUGAAGGAUAUCUAGGCGGAUACCCUCGAGGCUGUAAUUUCGGAGCAGCAAUCGGAUCUCGCAAUGAUGCUGGACGGGAUCAGUAUCUCGAAUACUACAAAGCUGCAGUUGAUUUCGGCGAUACUCCGGUCCCUAGCGGAGACGACUGGAUCGAGAGAAAGCUGCCUGUUGCCGAAGGGAAGAAUCAUAGAGGCGAUGGAACGCGCGAGGCCCUUGAACGAGUGGCCAGAGAGACGGGCCUUUUGCUUGUUGUAGGAGCUAUCGAGAGAUGUGGCGGUAGUCUAUACUGUGCUGUAGUCUACGUUGACCCGGCGAAGGGCAUGUUGGGGAAAAGAAGAAAGGUUAUGCCGACCGGGACAGAGAGGCUGGUUUGGGCCCAAGGGCCGGCAUCGACUUUGAAAGCUGUCACUGCGGAAAUCAAUGGCGUUAAGCUCACUCUUGCGGCAGCUAUAUGCUGGGAGAAUUAUAUGCCGCUGCUUCGACAGGCCAUAUACCAGCAGAAUGUCAACCUCUAUCUCGCUCCCACGGCUGAUGGCCGUGAUACCUGGCUACCACUGAUGCAAACCAUUGCCCUCGAAGGCCGCGCCGUCGUCCUCAGCGUCAACCAAUGCUUAAAACGCAGCCAGUUGCCUUCUUGGGUGACUGAUGAUAUCAAACAGGAGUGUCAGAGUGAUUCUGAUGACCCUUUUGUGACCGGGGGAGGCGGUUGUAUUAUCAGUCCGGCCGGAAAGGUGCUGGCAGGGCCCAUCUGGGACAUCACCGACGAAGAUGAGGAGAGUCUGCAGGUGGUUGAGGUCGAUUUUGAAGACUGUGUGAGAGGAAGACUCGACAUUGACGUCGCUGGGAGCUAUUCACGGAAUGAUGCAUUUAAGCUGACGGUUGAAGGGCUGGACUUGAAUCCUCCGCCGCAGUAA